AGAGAGCAGCUAGUGGUUGCUAUCGCCAUGAAAGUCAGGGCAAAGCUCGGAACCACUGAGGACUGCACUGGGGAUUAUCUGCCCAGGGAAUACAAUAGGUUUUCAGCUCAUUAAGUUGGAUAAACAAUUGGCUUUCUGUAGGUGAUGCUGAGAGUCAUGGACAUGAGCAGGAAAAACGAUGGAAAAUCCAUAACUCUAGAGGGGCGGUUUGAGGAGCAUUAAUGGGAGACCAUGAAAUUCACUAGAAGGCACCAACAACUUGCUUGAGUGCAACCCUUGUCUGGCACGAAACUGAUGUGGAGGACCAGUGGUGUGCCAGCGUCAGUGAGGAAGAUGGGUAACGCCAUGCGAGGUGUUAUCGCCUUCAUUCCCUCAGAGCGCUGUCAGCGCUUCUUAGUGGGGGACCUGAAGGAGAUGCCUGUUGAUCGGACCCUGGACCUGAGCAGCCGGCAGUUGCAUCGGCUACCGGUUGCUGCCUGUGUCUUUAAUGAGCUGGUGAAGCUCUACCUGAGUGACAACAACCUCAGCGCUUUACCUGCUGAGCUGCAGGGCCUGAGGAAGCUGCAGCUGCUGGCCCUCGACUUUAACUGCUUUGAAGAGCUCCCUGCUGCUGUUUGCAGAUUGCCCCAGCUCAGCAUCCUUUACCUGGGUAACAACAGGCUUUACCACCUCCCCAGAGAAUUGAAAGAGCUCAAGGAACUUAGUACUCUGUGGCUGGAGACUAAUUGCUUCACUGUUUUCCCUAAGGUGGUUUGUGAGCUCUCUAAUCUCAAGACCCUGCACCUCGGUUAUAACCAGAUACGGAGUUUACCGAAAGAACUUCGACGGCUGGAAGAGCUGAGAAGUAUCUGGCUUGCUGGGAACGAGUUGGCAGAUUUUCCACCAGUGUUGCUGGAAAUGCACUUUCUAGCUGUCAUUGAUGUGGAUCGGAACAGAAUACGCCACUUCCCAGGCCUGUCUCACAUGCAGGGGUUGAAACUUGUCAUUUAUGACCACAACCCCUGUGUUAACGCCCCAGCGGUAGGCGAGGGAGUCAGGAGGGUCGGACGCUGGGCGGAGAGCUCAGAUGAUGAACAGGAAGAUGAUGGGUCCAAAGCAGCUAGUGAGACUACAGCCGAGGUCACAGAACUACAACCUGAGGACGAGCACAACAUUUAGGGUCACGGAACAAAGUGACCUUCAGCUGUGGUGAGGUCUGCCAGCACAGGAUGACAUUCAAGUGGGAACACUUACAGUGGAGGGGUGUGUUGUACAUCAGGCUGGUGUUCUUUGGUCCAUAUAUGGCAAAGCCAGUCAUAUGAGCUUUAAUAUAAGACACUGAGUGAUAGGUAGUCCAAAAAUGUGGCCUGUGUGAAAAGGGACAUUUGAAUCUUGAAAUAAAAAUGUUUAAUAUG